AUGGCGUUGGAUACAAAUGAACCAACAGCAGAUAGUAAAACUUUACGUGGCAGAUCCAAAUCGGUGGCUUUAGGCACAUAUGCCUGGACUUUAAACCCACCUCGUCUGCCUAUCGACUAUACGGCUGCACCUCAAACUAGUGUACCCUUCAAAGCCAGAUCAUGGGAGCCCACUUUAGAAACUGCUAUUAAGGCCAUUGUCUCCAUUAAAGCAAGUCAUGUAAGAAGUUUCGACACAGAGACCUCUGGUGGUUAUACGGCAACGGGCUUCAUUGUGGAUGCUGAACGAGGAAUCAUCUUGACAAACAGACAUGUUGUCUCUCCCGCCCCUAUUGUAGCUCAAGCCGUCUUGACCAAUUAUGAGGAAGUCGACCUAUUACCUGUCUAUCGUGAUCCUGUUCAUGACUUUGGCUUUAUGAAGUUUGAUCCUUCUCGCAUUAAAUUCAUGGAACUUAAAGAAAUUAAACUUUCUCCCGAAAGAGCAAAAGUGGGUCUUGAUAUUCGUGUUGUUGGUAACGACGCAGGUGAGAAAUUAAGUAUCUUGGCUGGUACUUUAGCUAGAUUGGAUCGAAGAGCGCCUGAAUAUGGUGUAGGUGAAUACAAUGAUUUCAACACGUUUUAUCUCCAGGCUGCUUCAGGUACUAGUGGUGGUUCUUCUGGUAGUCCCGUCUUGGAUAUAGAUGGUCAUGCUGUGGCUUUAAAUGCCGGUGGUGCCAGUCGCGCGUCCUCCUCUUAUUAUUUGCCUCUGGAUCGUGUUCAACGCGCUUUAACCUAUAUUCAACAAGGCGUUAUCGUUCCCCGUGGUACUCUUCAAACAGAAUUCGAAUAUUUACCUUACAACGAGGUACGUCGUCUUGGUCUCAAGGCUCAUAUUGAGGAAAAAGUACGUCACAAAUUUCCCGAAGAAACGGGUAUGUUGGUUGUUCGUUCUUUACUGCCCAAGGGUCCUGCCGAUGGCAUUCUUGUGCCUGGUGAUAUCAUCAUUGGCUGCAACGGCAAGAUGGUGCCUCAUUUUAUUGCCUUGUUUGCUAUCUUGGAUGACGCCGUCGACCAAGAAAUUUCGCUCACAGUGAGUCGUGGUAAGAAAGUCCAGGAUGUCAAAGUCACUGUCCAAGAUUUACACUCGAUUACACCCAACAAAUUUGUUGAGAUUGGUGGUGGUGUUGUUCAUGAACUGUCUUAUCAGUUGGCUAAAUCCUACUCUCAACCUACCAGUGGUGUCUAUGUUGCUACUUCGGGUCAUAUGUUAGCCAGUGCCAGUGCAUGGAGAAAAAGUAUUAUUGUCAGUGUCAAUAAUAUCCCCACACCUGAUUUAGACUCGUUUAUCGAGGCCAUGAAAAGUCUGGCUGAUGGCGCACGGGUUCCUGUGCGAUUUUAUGCGCUUCAUAAAGCGUACAAGGAUAAAGUCAUGAUUAUGCAUGUUGACAGACAUUGGCAUAAAUUCAGACUGGCUGUCCGUAAUGAUACAAACGGACUCUGGGAUUUCACAGAUAUGCCUCCACCACCUGCAAAAAUCCCUUAUGCCCCAUCCACUGCAUCUUUCCCUCCUUUGGAUGCAUCUUUGGCUUUGGCUCAAAAACUGAUGCCUUCCUUUGUCGCCAUUGACUUUUAUUUGCCUUAUUUAGUCGAUGGUAUGAAGGCUACACAAUUCUACGGUACAGGGUUUAUUGUCUCCACAAACCCACCUUUGAUCAUUUGUGAUAGAGAUACAAUCCCUAUUGGUCUUGGUGAUAUCUUUAUUACCUUUGCCAAUUCCAUCAUUAUCCCAGGUCGCUUACUUUUCUUGCAUCCUUUUUACAAUUAUGUCAUCUUGACUUACGAUCCUGCUUUAAUUGGCGAAACACCUGUCAAACCACUCGAGUUCAAUACAGAUGAACUGAAUCAAGGUGACGAAAUCAACUUUAUCGGAAUCGGAAAUGAUCAUUCUGUCGUGAUGAAAAAGACCACCGUCUCAAGCGUCUCCAAUAUUGGUACAAGAGAAUGUUCUCCGCCUCGCUGGCGUGCCAUGAACGUGGAAGGUAUAAAAAUUGACGACUCACUGAACUCGCAAGGUGGUUUGAUCACCAACGAUCAGGGUCAAGUACAGGCGCUCUGGGUCAGUUAUUCAUCCCAAAAUGAAAAGGGAAAAGAUAUUUCAUUCAUGUCCGGAUUACUAUCUUCGCUGGUCAAACCUACCUUGGACAAGUAUUUACAGAGUGAUAAGUUGGUAUUUAAAGGAUUGGAUGCAGAGCUUUGGACGAUGCGUAUCGCAGCUGCUCGUACAUUAGGUCUCAGCGAUGUCUGGGUCAAGAAAAUUGAAGAAAGUGGGUCUACACGCCAUACGCUAUUAUAUGUGCUGAAUAUAUUGGAUGAGCGUAGUCCUUGUGCCAAGGUUUUGAACGUGGGCGAUGUCAUUUUGAGCGUGGAUGGAAAGCUCGUGACUCGCAUGUCCCAUAUGAUGCUUGUGCAUCUACAGGACACGGUGGAUAUGGUGAUCCUACGUGAUGGUAAAGAGCUGAAUGUAGUCGUACCCAUGAGUGAAUUCAGCGGUUUUGAAACUACACGCGUGAUUGGUUGGCAAGGUGCGUUAAUUCAACGACCUUAUAAGGCUGUGCUAGAACAAGUCCGGAAUGUGCCUGCUGGUGUGUACGUCUCCUGUACACUGUACGGCUCCCCUGCAUCCAACGUACUUCGUCCAGGUGUCUGGAUUGUGGAAGUGCAAGGCAAACCUGUCAAGGAUCUCGACUCCUUUUUGCAAGUGGUUCAUUCUCAUGAAGCGGAAAUGAGUCGUCGCCGUCGACCCAGCUAUAUUCCUCCUGUGCAACGCACACCAGAAGAACAAGCACAAUUGGAAAAGGAACAAGACGACGAAGUUUUGAAACCCGAUCAAGACGAAGACGAUGAUGAUGAUAAUGACGAAGGAUAUAUUCGUAUCAAGACAGUGAGUCGUAAUGAAACUGUCCGUGUCGUUGCUGUUAAACUUGAUUUACAUUAUUGGGAUUCCUGGCAAUUGGUCCAUGAUGAUAAAUCCAUUUGUGGCUGGUCUUCACAAGAUUGUUAA